UGAGAUGGUCACAUGUCAUCGAUGUGACGAGGGCAAAUGAGGAAGUGGAACCGACUUGUGUGCGGGUUUAACCAAACUGAGAGGAAGAGGCAAAUUUUAAACAUGCAACAGAGACAAUCUUUGAUCUGUUGUCACCGUACUUAAUGAAGAGAUGGUGUGUUUUCACAACAUUGCAAGGCGAGGAGAAAUCUUACAGUGAUUUUCUUGAGUGAUAACUUUCACUACACAUUUUAAACUAGAAGUUUUACAGGAGCAUGUUUCACCAAAGUCAUCCGAGUAAAGCGUUUGUCCGGAGAUUGAUUCUUCUCCACGUCCAGUGUAAUAAGCGACUUGUAGCGAUGUCAAUACCGAUGCUCUCAGAAGAAAGCUCGAAGCGACUGAGGAGCAGCAGCAGCAGCAGCGUGUUACAGAUCAAUGCAGACAGGAGUGAAGCAGACUGCAGAGACGCGGGGACAAGCAGCAGCGUGGGGGGCGCAAGAAACUUCACAGAGGAAGAGCUGGCCAUCUAUAGAAUCCAUAGAGAAGCCUGUGAGGCAAAGAAGCAGAUGUAUGUCGACCCUUCCAGUGGAUACAAGGUGUUCACAGAGUAUGCCCACGUUCAGAGAGGGAAAUGCUGUGGCAGCGCAUGCAGACAUUGUCCAUAUGACCAAGUCAACGUGAAGGACCCUGCCAUGAAGAAACAGUUUAAUUCUUUAUUUUAUGUAUAGGCCUAACAGAGCCGUGCCAAAGGUAAAAUGUAAGACCCUUUUUAGAAUGGAAUACCGUACAUGUU